UGAAAGAUUACUAAACAUUGUGCCAAAGCAGAACUACUGUGAAAGGAAAGCCGAUCAAUUUUCCCUUUGUCGGACUCAACAAAACACUUACAUUCUCAUAUGUGUAUGCGCGAGUGGAAGAGGACUCUCAGGUGUGCCCUUGGAAAUAUUAGGUGUCGGGGGAGUCCAGUUGUCUUGGAAGCAGCCUCACAUCAGUCAGCCAGAAAGGCAGAGAGAACAGGACCAACACCCGGCAGAGAGAAGCACAACACUUACUCGCUUCCACCUCAGACGUACCAGUGGAUGACCCACAUGGCGGGCCUUGCAGCUCUCUGCCUGCUGAUGGCGUUUCCACUGAGCAGCUCCCAGAGUACCCUGCAGUCUGAGCAGGACAUCCACGCCCAUCAGGCCCCGGCCGCCCCUCCUCCUCCCCCACACAUACGGGACCUACUCAGAAAAGAGGAAACCACUCAUUUAAAUGCAAAGCGAACGUAUGCACGUGUAGGCAAAGAUAACGCCAAAGUGGGUCUGUUCAUCGCCGCGGCGACAGGAACCUUCGCUCUGAUGGCUGCAGUUUACUGUAUCUACAACAAGUUCUACACCAAACACCAGUACCUGCACACCCAGCUUGACGAUGACUUGGAUUUAACCAGAGACCCCCCCGUGUUCUUCUCCGCCUCUGCUGGCUCCAGUGUGGUAGAUGUGCAGAGGCCUGGUUAUGGCUCGCUUUCGGACACUCCAUCCAUCAUCUCUGUGCCACCCAGCCUGUCCCCUCCUCCCUCUGCCAUGCCCUUCCCUCCCCUCUUCCUCUCCUCUCACUCCCUGAGAACUAUAUCAGCAAGGGAUCUGGAGAAAGGCUGUAUCUGAUAAUGAAUGCUUAGCGAGUGGUGUGAGACUUUUGAAUGUGCACAAUGUUUUCCAAUAUCUAUACACAUCACAUGUUUGCAGGCAAAUUUCUUUGCACAUACACAACCCUUCUAGAAAUGAAGGGACUUUUUCGGCGGCAUUUGGUGGUAGACUAGAUAUGGGAGAGUCCUCUGAUGUGAUACAAGAAGUAUCUCCACCACCUGCUGCAAUUGCUACAUCUGUCAGUUAUGAUUGUCCACCAUAGACCUCGUGACCUGUUGCCUUUUAACUGCCCACACACCUAAUCUGCCUUAAAUAUUUGCCUUUGCAACACAACCUUAUGUAGAAACGGCAGCCGUACAUUAGCUACAUUAAACUAUUUCUUGCACCUU